AUGGCUUGGUUGUUAAGUGAUCUCAAGAAACGAGUCAGUGAAGUGGUAACUUCGAUCGACGCUUCACUCAAAGAAGAUUUUCCGGUCAGCGACAAAGAGGAGGUGGAGAAGGAUGCAGAAGCUGACAAAGACGCUAGUGGUGACAAACCGACGUCUGAAUCAUUAGACCAAGAGCAGCAGACAAAGCAUUCCGAAAAGGCCACCAUUGAUGACUUACAGGAAAAGGGCAAAGCAUUGGCUUCAAAAUUAUUGGUCUAUGCAAAAGACACCACCGCCAAAGGCUACCAAAGGAAUAGCAGCUGUGAAGAACGCGCACAAAUGUAUCGGAGAGUUGGAUCGCCAACAGGAGGCCUUUGUAGAAGAGAUAGCUGCCAGCCGCCUACCAGAUGUUUUGGAUCCGUGGGAUGGAUUACCGGAUCGAGAGUUUGCGAAAAAGAAAAUCCUGGCGUUGUCCUGGAUCCUCACAACUUCAUUCGUGAGUCACCAGGAGACUGUGAUUUCGAUAUACCAACACAGCAGGCUAUGGCGAAGCGGUUAAUUAACAUCGACCCGAACUUGAGCCGAGUUCGCUUCGAGCUGGUACCUAAACAAUUGAGUGAAGAGAAGUUCUGGCGAAACUAUUUCUAUCGUGUGUCGUUAAUCAGACAUUCAAUAAGUGCAAGUGCAUCGGAACAGCAGUCGAUUAGAAAAACGGCUCCGGUAGAGGCAGAAAAGGUGGCGACAGCUGAGGGAAGUGAUCAAGAAGCCACGACUAUGAAUGCUGAGAAAAGUUCUGUCAAUACAGCCGUAGAAAAAGAAGGAUCUACAGAGGAGAGCAGUACACAAGUCGAUGAUGACUGGGAACGUGAACUCUUGUCCGAUCUGAACGAAUACGAACUGGUGGCUGAGAAAAAUGAGAAAUCUGAAGAGCAAUGGGAGGCUGAAAUUCAGGAUCUGCUCAAUUCGACGGAAUAG